GAAAUGGAGAAGUAAUCCAGAAUAACUUCUGGAAUGACUCUUCUGAUUCCCAUCCACCAGGUAUUGUUGCAUCCUGGCUUUCCCUUCAGGGGAGAAGUUGCACUUACCCUACCUGCAUGCUUUUUAUAUCUUGCACCACUUUGUUGUUUACGAAUGUUUAGUGCAUACUUUAUGCUUCACUUUAGUAUUUUGGCAUUUUCAUUUGCAGCAAGAGCUUUUCCUACUGAGCCUCUUUAUCCACAGUUGGGAGGAAGAAGAUGGUGCUCUUUGAGGCAGCUAAGAAGCAAAAUCAUCUGAGUUACCAGUAGAUUUGGAGCAGUCGUCAGCAAGGAGAGAGUAUUAGGUGCUGGGGAACCCUUGAAUAGAAAGGAAAUUAGGGUUACAGUGAGAGAGAACAGGAGAAGCAGCAGCGUGCUCCCUCAUCAUAGCUGUGAGAAGGUCCUGAAGGAACGGAGAUGGGCCCAUGACACAUUUGAAGACCUGUGGAAGAAGACACGUAAUAUGUAGGCCAUGAUCUGUUCCUUAGAGAGAGGGACCCAAGGGCAGCAGUGGGACUGACCAGCCUGUGCACCUGAGAAGGUGUUUCUCUGGGUUGGCAGGAGUACAAGAACAGCUGUAGACAGAAGGAAAGAGAUAUCAAAUGAUGUUUCGAGCAAUGAGAGUAAAGAGGGCAGAGAAAGACAUAUCCUCGAUGCUUUUUUCACUCAUUCAGAAUGAAGGGGAGGAGGAAGAGCAGCUUUCAGCAGGACAGAGCCUGUUUCUUAAGAAUGGGGGUGGGAUCCCAGGCCAAUGAAGAGACUGUAGCGGUGCAUUUUGGCACCAGCAACAUCCAGAGCUGAACGGGGCUGGCUUCUGCUGUAGUGGUAAUAUAUGUUCCCGCUUUCACAGCUAGGGAGACGGGAUUUUGUGAGAUUAGGAAGCUUGUUUAUUUGUAGCUGUGUUUGAUGGUUGUGGAUGGUGGUGCGUUGACUGUCCGAGCUUCCCUGAGACAACCCAGUUAAAAGCAGCAACAGCACAAGCUUCUCCGUCGAGCCAGAAGUCCAACUGAUUCCGUGUGCAUUGCCGUGGCACAACUAAUGCCACUGACAGCAGCAGCAGCACCCUUCUCUGGGUGAUUAAAAGAAAAAGGUGGUUUCAUCUCCAGGAAACACCCAGCGCCAAUCAAAUGGCUUCUCUGUAAUAGUCCUAGAAAGGAGAUCAAAGGAGAUAAGAUCAGACUGGAAUGAGAUAGCAUCAGCUAAAGCAAUGGUGCCAGAAUUAACAAUAAGGAAAACAAGCCCAGAUGAAUUCAGUAGGUGUGAAAGUUACUGGGCCUGUUGCGCUGGUUGCUGCUCAGUCAGCUGUGGAGAAACACACCCAGGAGAAAGCCGUCUGCCCUGCCGGACGGCAGCUUGCUCCAAGAGCUCAUCUCUACUGCUGCCAUGACCUUCAUCUGGAAGGCAACAGGUAACCAUGUGCAUGUUUAAUAGGUCUGGCUGAGCCCAGCACCUACAAAGCCUUCGCUGGAAAAGGAAGGGACUUCCCCGAGGCAGUCUGCAUGUGGAAACGACCUCCUCCUGCACAGAAAAUGGGCCAGAAGGUCUCACACGAGGAUGACCAAGAGAACAAGGCUCAAACUCUGGUCAUCUGCGAAGUCUUCAGCCAAGGUGUGGUCCAUGCAUCUCAAAGGCUGAAGGACUAUCUUGGGUUUGUGGAUCCUCAGAGCAAAUUCCAGCCAGCCACAAACACACUGAGCGAGAUCUUUUUGGUCAACUUCAUCAGCUUCUGCGUGGAAAAGGGAGUGGAGGAACGUAUCGCGACCAGCAAAAUGACCAAGCAGCAGUCCUCCCUGUUCGGGGUGGACUGGGUUUGGACUCUGUCUGGGGCUGACAAGCAAAUCAAGCUCCAGAUCGCUGUGCAGGCUUUACAGCUGGCUGAGCUCUCCUGCAGCGACGGCGGCCCCGCUGAGGCGGUGGAGGACUGCUGCCGGGAAGCCGUGCUGGCAGACGAGUGCUUCCAAAACAGGAGCAGGUUUGAGAAGCUGGCGGAGUUCUGCCGCUUGGUGGGACGGGACUGCCUGGGCUUGUUCAUCAUGUUCGGUGUGCCAGGGAAGCCCAAGGCCAUCCGAGGAGUCAUGCUAGACAGCAUUGCCAAGGAGGAGCAAAAAUGCUGCCUGUUGGGCAGGGAUGCGCUACAGCAAUUUGUCACCAGUACUGACAGCUUCCUGCCCACAAAAGACAUGCUGGAAAACUGCCUCGGUGCAAAAAAUGGACCGAAAGAGGUGGGCAAUGUGUACAUAAACUUUCUGUAAGCCACUGGUUAACAGCAGUGGCUCUCUGCAUGCCAGCACCAGAGGCUGCGUGGGGCUCAGCUCUGCCUCUCUCGCUUUUC